GGAUCUCCGCCUCCGCCGCUCCUGGUCACAUGACACCGCUUCUUUAACCAACAUGGCUGCCGAGGACCUGCCGUCUGAUUUUGACAUUGUCAUUCUGGGCACAGGUCUGGCUGAGUCGGUGGUAGCGGCUGCCUGCUCAAGGGUUGGACAAAGGGUUCUUCACCUGGACAGGAGGAGUUAUUAUGCUGCUAACUGGGCUAGCUUCACGUUUAACGGCCUGCUCACCUGGAUCCAGGAGCAGAAUGAGGAGACCAAACCAGAGGAGGUUAAGGAUUGGUCGAGUCUAAUGGAGGAAGGGGAGGAGCUAAUACACCUGUCCAAUUCAGACUCCGCCUCUAUCACUAACGUGCAGGUGUUCAAUUACACCAGUGAAGAAGAGGACGACACUCAGAGUGCUGAUGCUUCAAACACCACAGAAGAAGAGAAAGCAGCUGAUGAAGAUGCAGUGAAAGAGUCCUCGGAGACAGAAUCUGCAGAUUCAAAGGAAGAGGAGGAAGCUGGAGCUGCUGAGGAGCAGCCUGCUCAGACAGAAGGGGAGGAGCCUGAGGCUGAACAGCCACUCCCCUCUUCUCCUUCAAACCAAUCAAAACCGGCCAGAAAGAAGGUCAGCUACGCUCAGCUGGUGAAGGAAGGACGGAGGUUCAACAUCGACCUGGUCUCCAAGCUCUUGUUUUCUCGUGGCUCAUUGGUCGAUCUGCUCAUCAAAUCAAACGUCAGUCGCUACGCUGAGUUCAAGAACGUCACCAGGAUCCUCACCUAUCGCCAUGGUAACGUAGAGCAGGUGCCCUGCAGCAGAGCUGAUGUGUUUGCAAGUCGUCAGCUGUCAGUGGUUGAGAAGAGGAAGUUGAUGCGCUUCCUGACUUCCUGUAUGGAGGAGACAGAGGAGCAGACAGCCUACAACGGCCGACCAUAUUUGGAAUUCCUGCGUGAUCAGCAGCUGGGGGAAAGCCUGCAGCACUUCCUGCUUCAUUCCAUCGCCAUGGUAACAGAAGACACGCCCACAGAGGAAGGCCUCGCCUCUACGCGUCACUUCCUGCGUUGCCUUGGCCGCUACGGCAACACGCCCUUCCUUUUUCCUGUAUAUGGCCUUGGAGAGAUCCCCCAGUGCUUCUGCAGGAUGAGCGCCGUGUUCGGAGGGAUCUACUGCCUGAGACACUCGGUCCACUGUCUCAUCGUGGACAAGGACACCAACAGGUGUAAGGCGGUGAUCGACAGCCGCGGGCAGCGCAUCAGCUGCAGCCACGUUGUGGUGGAGAACAGCUACCUGGACGCAGACAGGAAGCAGAUGGCCCCGCCCCCCAGGUACCUGAGCCGAGCCGUCCUCAUCACGGACUCGUCGGUUCUGCCCUCAGAUUCUGACCAGCAGAUCUCGGUGGUGACGGUUCCGCCCGGCGCAGCAGGAGGUCCGGCAGUGAAGAUGGUGGAGCUCUGCUCGUCCUCCAUGACCUGCAUCCCUGGAACACAUUUGGUCCACCUCACCUGUCAGUCGGUUGGCUCCGCCCACGAGGACCUGUCGCCGUUGGUAACCAGGAUGUUCAGAACCACCGAGUCUCAGAACGAAGACCAGCGUCCCUCCGUCCUCUGGUGUCUGUUCUUCAACAUGGCCGACGGCUCCACGCUGGAGGUCAAAGGUCACCAGCUGCCAUCCAACGUGUACGUCUGCUGCGGUCCAGACGGAGGUCUGGGACACGAACACGCCGUCAAACAGGCGGAGUCCAUCUUCCAGAAGAUCCUCCCAGAGGAGGAGUUCUGUCCUCCUGCUCCCAACCCUGAAGACAUCAUCUAUGAUGGGGAGAGCAGCAGCGCCGUGGACCAGGACCUUCAGGAGGAGAGCCGUGGACCGGACCAGGACCAGAAUCAGGAGAACCAGAACCAGGAGAACCAGCCUGAGGAGUGACUCUUCAUCCUGAGAACAUUGUGGGUCAAAGGUCAGCUCCAGCAGGGAGCCAGGAGCUGCUCUCCAUUCAUCCUGAGCGUCUGUUGCCACCUGCUGCCCACAUGCUGAACUGCACCUGAUUGGCCCGUCAGAACCUCAUUAAAACUUUACUGUACCAUGUUAA